AUGGCCGCAACUUCCCUAACCUUACUUGCCCUCGCAACUACUCUAGUCUCCGCCACGACAACAUGGAGCGAAAACCUCGUUCUCGCCGACUGCGGUAUUGGCCUGGGAGUAAAUGGCGGCUCUACAUCACGCGAGAUGAUGUACUACUCCAACAUAGCCUGGGGCGCCCCGACAUACAUGGCCAAUGUCCCGUGGGACGGCUCGUACCCUUGGCGACCAAGCGGCGUGUCGCAGACACUCCCUAACGGAGAUAAAUGGACAGUAGUAAUCGACAACAACGUUGGAGAUCCAAAUGUCGCGGGGUUCGCUUGGCACACAUACGAUCCCAAUACCCUGACGUGCUUCAGUCGACACUUGGAUGGACUCUUUACUCUGGCCGAUGGGAAAAAAUGUAGCAUGGCGUACAUCUGUAAUCAUGCGCCAGCAGGCCCAAAACCUCCCAUGCCAGCACCAGCACCAGCACCCGCUCCACCGUCGUCUCCGCCGCGACUGGAUGAGAACGCAACGCCUGGCGCACUCAAAUACCAACCCGUCAUCGACUUUGACAAGUCAGCCUGCUACAACACCAUGGCCAUCACGCGCAGCGGCCAGUUGAACAGCGGCCUGGAACUCGGGCAGGGCAACUGCCGCACACUGGACCGGCUAUCCAACAGUAACGUUUACGUACGCGAGAAGUGCACUGAUGAUGGCUGGUGCUUCUACAUAUACGGAUACUACGCUGAGAAGGACGAGGGAGGCAGUCUAGCCAGUGGACACAAGCACGACUGGGAGCACCUGGUUGUGUGGACUCUGCACGGCGAGGCCAAAUACCUCGGAUGGUCGCACCACGGGGACUACUCAGUCGACUGGGCACACGCAAUAAGAUGGGAGGGCAGUCAUCCCAAAUUCGUCGUUGAGCGCGAUAGAGGCACUACGCAUUGUUUCCGCAAGGCGACUGAGUCGGAACCACCGGAGAACGCGACGGGGAAGUGGGUGAGGUCGCCCUUGGUCAGUUUAGAGAGGAUGAACGGGGGGCUCAAGGAUAAGAUGCUAGGGAAUAACUGGGGUUCGGCCCAUAUGGAUCUGAAGGAUGACAGGUUUGAUCAGGCGUAUUGGGCUACUUGGAAGAUGGCGAAGGCGCUUGAUAAUCUGGGGCCUCCACGGCCGGAUCUUCCCGGCCCCCCGCACCGGGAGUUGUAG